AUGGCUCCGAUACCUAUACCGACCUUCCUCUCCUCUCCACCAGUUUGGAUCACCGCUCCACUCCACCUCCGCACUGAACCGCAAACACAACAUCAACAAUCAUCCCACCAGUUCGCAACCGUCAAUUCCACCACUUCCCCCCUUCACUCCCGCUCCCACCCCGACCCAGACACAAACAUCUACUCCAUCCCUUCCAGCUAUGGUCGCCUAAACGACGGCCCCUCCCCAGGCACAGUAGCCGGGAUCAUCCUCGGCAGCGUAGCGGGCUUCAUCUUCCUCCUCUACCUCCUCUUCCUGGCAAUCAGCUCCGGCCGAAACCGCAGCGGCGUCGUGGGCGAGGAAGAGCGCGUCGAGGUCCGUCGGACGCCGUCCUCGCGUCGUCGUCGCGGCGGAGGCAGCGGGAGUGGAGGGAGUCGCCGCACGCCUGGCAACUCGGAUAUCGUGGAGGUGUUUGAGGAGCAGUCGCAGUCGUCGCGGUCACGGCCGCGCUCGCGACAUGACCAUGUUGUUGUUGAGGAGUCGGUUAUGUCGCGGUCGAGGACGGAUGAUGAUGAUGUUGUUGAGGUGGAGGAGGAGCAUUCGUCUGUUGGGCGGCCGCCGCCGAGACGACAUCGGAGGGGGUCGUAUCGGAGUGUUGAUCCGUAUGAAUAUGGGAGUUCGAUUGAUGGGAGUCGGUAUUGA